AUGUUUUUAAAUCCUGUUAAAGACUCUGAAUUUGAUGAUGAAGUCAAGGGUUUUGUUCCCUCUGAAGGUGAAGUUCGUUUUGUUGCCAACAAGAACAAGGAAUGUGGCUAUUACUUACAAGGUAUCGAAUAGUGCAGACGUAAGAUGGUUCAACUCGCUGGUGACUCCUCUUCUCAAUUCCACUCUUUGGGUUUCCUUCCUUGCAAAAGAUUAGUUGAUGCUCACUACAGAUGUAUGACUGAUGAUAAAUUUGGUAGCACCAUCGAAGAAGUUCCUGAAAUUGGUCUUGAUAGCGCUUAGAAGUUCUUCGACUGCACUUUCUAAUAACUUAAGCCUAUGCAAUCCUGCAGAAGAUUCUUUGACCAAGUUGUCAGAGAUGUUUAUCGUGCUAAUGGAAGCUAACUUAUUUGA